CGUCAGGCGGUGGGGAAGGCUUCCCUGGGGAAGGCGCCGGUGCUGCUACAGCUCAGCAAUGGCUGCGGCCGUGCGCGCGGCGGGCUGUCUUCCUGCACGGUGCGGCGUUCGCGCGGGUCACAUCUGGUCUAGGCAGCUCUCCCUAAGCACCUUUCCAGCAGCUUCCAUUUUGGCAUUGAAGACUACUCUCAGCAAUGGCCCUUGGUCAUCAUGGGGAACCAGAGACAACCAUCAGUUCAGCAGCUUGAGCUAUGCGCUGCAGACACAAUGCUGUAUUUCUUUUCGCAGUAACUCCAUCGGCUACCAGUAUAGACCCUACAGUUUCUUCACUAAGUUAACGGCAGAUGAGCUAUGGAAGGGUGCUUUAGCAGAGACCGGUGCUGGAGCAAGAAAAGGAAGAGGCAAAAGAACUAAGAAAAAGAGAAGAAAGGAUUUGAACAGGGGUCAGAUCAUCGGUGAAGGACAUUAUGGUUUCCUCUGGCCUGGUCUGAAUGUUCCUCUUAUGAAAAAUGGAGCAGUACAGACCAUUACCCAAAGAAGCAAGGAAGAACAGGAGAAGGUAGAAGCUAACAUGUUUCAACAGAGAGAAGAGUGGGACCGGAAGAGGAAGAUAAAAGUAAAACGGGAUCGAGGCUGGAGUGGAAACACGUGGGGAGGCGUCAGUCUUGGUCCCCCUGAUCCUGGUCCUGAAGGAGAAACGUAUGAUGAUUUUGAAACCAGGGUACUUGAGGUAAAAAAUGUCUUCAAUAUGACAGCGAAGGAAGGCAGAAAGAAAUCAGUCCGUGUCCUGGUUGUUGUAGGGAAUGGAAAAGGAGCUGCAGGUUUUGCUGUUGGGAAAGCUGCUGAUCGGACAGAUGCUUUCAGGAAGGCAAAGAACAGAGCAGUUCACUAUUUGCAUUUUGUAGAACGAUAUGAAGACCACACAAUAUUUCAUGAUAUUUCACUAAGAUUUAAAAGAACACACAUCAAGAUGAAGAAACAACCUAGAGGUUAUGGCCUCCGCUGCCACAGGGCCAUCAUCACCAUCUGCCGGCUCAUUGGCAUCAAGGACAUGUAUGCCAAGGUGUCUGGAUCCCUCAACAUGCUCAACCUCACCCGAGGCCUCUUCCAUGGGCUCACCCACCAGGAAACUCAUCAACAGCUGGCUGACAAGAAGAGUCUCCACGUGGUGGAAUUUCGGGAGGAAUGUGGCCCAUUGCCCAUUGUGGUUGCCUCCCCAAAGGGGGCCUUGAGAACAGACCCAGAGCCAGAGAUUGAGGUUCCUGACACCAAACUUGACUGGGAAGAUGUAAAGGCCAUGCAGGGAAUGAAGCGGUCUGCAUGGUCAGCUUUAAAGAGAUCAGCCACAUAGCCUUCCUGCAGCCACUGUCCACAGACUUCACUCUUUAGCAUGCCUCCCCUCCACCUUUUUUUUUUU